CCAGGCAAGCAAAAUAAACACAAACGGGGAGCCUGUCAGUGUGUGACGCUGUGGUGCUACGAUGUGAUUAACUGAAAAUACAGGAUCGAUUAGUCUGUAUUUGAUCAUCCAGCCACGCUGUUUUGCUCACGUAACGUCAAACUCUAGGUGUUAACAGUUCAGUGUCCACUCUGUGAUGAGCUGCUUGUGCGACAAUGGAUAGUGAUCUGAGCUCACAGGACAGGAAAGACUUGGAUAAAUUCAUCAAAUUCUUUGCCUUGAAGACGGUGCAAAUUAUAGUUCAAGCCCGGCUUGGAGAGAAGAUCAGCACUUGCUCAUCCUCAUCACCGACAGGUUCAGACUGGUUUAAUUUGGCAAUAAAAGACAUCCCAGAGGUGACUCAUGAGGCAAAAAAAGCUCUUGCUGGACAGCUGCCUGGGAUCGGCCGAUCGUAUCAGCUUUUUCACUGUUCACUGAGGAAAGUGUCUUUAAUUUGUAUGUCUUAG